AUGGCUUCCUCUCCGACCCCCGCGACCGGCCGCCGGUAUCCCGAGCACGACCUGUCGCAGUUCCCCAGCCAGCUGCGCGGCAAGCGCAUCCUCCUCUGCACCGAGUCCUUUGGCCCCGUCAACGGCGUGAGCCGGACGACGCUGAUGCUGGUGACGCACCUGCGCAACCACGGGGCGCAGGUCGCCGUCGUCGCGCCGCACAACCACACCAACCACAACACCUUUUCGCCGCCGCCGUCGCCAAGCCUCUCGCCGCUCGACCGGCAGCCCGAGGUGCGCCUCACCGGCUAUCCGCUGCCCUUCAACCCGGAGCUCUCCGUCGUCUAUCCCGUCCGCAACUCGACACUCUACGCCCGCACCUUUGGCGCCGACGCGCUGCCAGACCUCAUCUACCUCGCCUCGCCCGCCAGCCUUGGCUUCCAGGUCAUGCUGCAACUGCGCCAACAGCCCCGCGCCCACCAGAUCCCUAUCCUCUGCAAUUUCCAGACCGACCUGGCCGGGUACUGCGACAUCCUCUUCCCUGCCCCGCUCAGCCACGCCGCCGUCUUCGCCUUUGACGCCGUCCAAAGUUACCUCUUCCGCCACGCCUCGGUCCGGACCAUCUUCUACCCCUCGCGUUUCGUCAAGCGCUAUUUGGUUCGGCAAAAGGUGCCUGCCGAAAAGCUCGAGCUGCUCACCCGCGGCGUCAACGCCGAGAUGUUCAACCCGAUCCGUCGCAGCGAGCGCCUCCGCAAAGAACUCGCCCCCAACGGCGAGGUCAUUUUUGUCACCGUCUGCCGCAUCGCCGGCGAAAAAGGCUUUGACUUUCUGGCCAAGGCGGCCAAGGAGAUGGACGCGCGCGGCCUGCCAUACAAGAUGGUCAUUGUCGGCGGCAACCGCAACCCGGACGUCGAGAAGGAGGUCCAGGAGCUGUUCGACCCCCUCCGCGAUGAGGGCAAGGUCGUGUUCACCGGCUUCAAGGUCGGCGAGGAGCUCGCCACCUACUACGCUAGCGCCGAUGUCUUCCUGCACUGCUCCGUGACGGAGACGUUUGGGCUUGUGGUCCUCGAGUCCAUGGCCAGCGGUGUCCCAGUCGUCGCGCGAGACGAGGGCGGGCCGUCGGAUAUCAUCGCCCACGACGACACUGGCUUCCUCGUGGUGCCCGAGGACGUCGACGGCUUCGUGGCCAAGGCCGCGCGGUUGGCGACGGACCGCACCCUGCGCGCACGUAUGGGUCAAGCCGCCCGCGAAGCCGCCUGUGAGUGCACAUGGGACAAGAUCAACAACAAGGUCGCCUGGCGAAUGGCCGACACCAUUGCCGAGCGUGCCGAGGAGGCGGCGCGCGAGGGGCCUGAGGUGGCAUCGCGUACACUGUCGCAGGAUGCGCAGCAGCUGGUGCCCCUCUACGGUUGGCUCAUGAUGAACAAUGCCAUGCGCGAGGCCAUUGUCAGCCGCAUCGUCGACGCACGUCUCGUGGGCGGCCUCGGAGUCAUCAUUUCGUUCUGGAUCAUCACCGGCGCAUACAUGAUGUUUAUCGAGUCCAUCAUGUGGACCAAGAACCGCUUGAGAGGCGAGCGCCGGCCGAGCAUUUCUGCAUGA